AUGUCUCUCCACUACACCGAAGCCCUCAUCCCAUCCUCCCUAAUCACCCCAUCAAUCCAGUCCCUCCUUCCCAAAGGCUAUACGUUCCGCUCUUUACGGCGCUCGGACUACAAACUCGGCCAUCUCGACGUCCUUGCGGAUUUAGCGCAUAUCGGCGAUAUAAGUGAGGCGGAGUGGACUGAGCGCUUCGAUUACUUAGCGAAGUGUGGGGGUACUUAUUUUGUGCUUGUUAUUGUGGAGGCUGGGGAUAAUGAAUAUGAGGAGAAGAGGAUUAUAGGGACGGGGACGCUGGUUGUGGAGAGGAAGUUUUUAUUCAAAUUGGGAAUUCAAGGACAUAUCGAAGACAUUGGUAUCAAAGCCGAUCAGCAGGGCAAGGGGCUAGGUAUCAAAAUGCUCAACGCCUUGGACUCCAUUGCCAAAGAUGUUGGGUGCUACAAGACUAUCCUUGACUGCUCUGCAAAGAAUGAAGGAUUUUAUGUUAAGUGUGGGUAUGAAAAGGCAGGAACGGAGAUGCAACAUUAUUUCAAUGACGAGGCUGUUAAGUAUCAUGUAUAA